AUGGGCGACGCGGUGCAGUGGAUUUUGCGUAUAUCCUAUUAUUACUCGAAGUUUCUUGGUGUGAUUAACUUUGAGAUCGACAUGCGGACAGUACUGGUCAACGUGAUUGUCUCGCACUAUUACUUUGCCAUAGUAAAUGUCCACAGCCACUAUAUUCUACUCAAUCAAGAGCUGCGCGCUGUGCUUGUCGAGAUCCGAUCCCUAGAGGGGGAACAUCGUAAGGCUGCAUUCAUGAUUAAAUGCUGCACCCUUGCAGACCGGCUGGAGGUGAUUGCCGGAACACAAUACGAAGUACAAACGCUUCUCGAACGCAUAACCAAGAUUUUUGGAAUACAGGGCAUCGUUGUAACCAUCAAUAGCUACAUAUCUAUACUCGCCACAAUCUAUUUUUCGUUCUCCUCCGUUAAGAAAAUGCAUGGUAUGGAAUGGACCCCAUUGUUUAUUUUUCUGUUUGUCUUAAAUGUCGUCUGUUACUUUGCGGACAUUUUAAUUACCCUCAACAACGUCUACUUUGUCCUGGAGAUCCAUACACAUAUGGUGAAACUGCUGGAGCGGCUUACAAUGUUUUCUGCGGGCUUAGACGAGAGACUGCAGACGGUCAUCGAGAGCUUUCAGCUUCAGAUCACGCGCAAUCCUUUAAAGAUAUCUGUGCUAAACCUCUUCAGUAUGGACCGAUCGAGAUCUAUGUCGAUGGCCAACUCACUAGUAACCAACUCAUUGGUACUCAUUCAGUACGAUAUAAAAAACCCUAGAGAGUAA